GAAGGACGGGGUAAUGUCUCUCUCCUGUCAGCGGGUGGCGCUGCAAGCAAAAAAAGGGUCAAGAUUCAAAGUGAAAUUCACGGAAGUUACAGGUGAAGGUGAAACAGAAUCUCCUCCAGUGGUUCUGCCAUUCCGUACCUUGUUACGUCGUUAACUGUGUUGGAGAGGCUAUGUACCCUGUAGACCUUCCAGCUGUGGAUGAAACUGGCCUGACAUCAGCAUCUGAAGAGUACCUUUCUUCUUUACAGUCAAGACCUUAUAAUAAUGAUGUGUUUCAGUCAUCAUCGUCAAAGACGUCAAAGGUGAUGAUAACAUCAAACAAUGUAAAGCGCUUGCACGUAUUUGAAAAUGACCAACCUGACUGUACUCUGCUGGCUCUUCACCCUCCUGAUGAUCCAACACAAGUGUUGGCUUUAUACCUCCAUGAGGGGUGGUGGUGUGUGGAUGACGUCUUACGAACAUCAAGCAAAUCCAGAAGUGGCUUGAUGUCGGUGCAAUCCAUUAUGGAGAGGGUGAUUGUGUUCCUGCUCAGUCAGGUAGUGGAGAGGUCCUCAGAGGAGGAGGUGUUGUUCUCCCUGCACCCCCGUACAGAGAGCUGCAAACUGCUGUGGAAGGACAGCCAGGUGAUCGGCUUCUACACCGUCAAACAUAAAGGCAGCCUGUGUGACAGUUGGAGCAGUCAUGGCUACCAGCUGCCUGUUCUGGACACGGUGCUGGUGAGGAAGAGCUGGAGGAGGAGAGGCUUCGGUCUUCAAAUGCUGGAGGAUUUCUGCUCCUCAUUCUGCACAGAGAAGUUUCUGGGAGUCAGCUCUCCAUUAUCACCCAGCAUGGUGGCAGUGUGCAAGAGGUUCCUGCGGCAGCACGAGGAACAUCAGGAACGUCUGUAUGAGGUGGAGGCUCCAGGAGGCUGGUCUCAACGCCGAAAUAUCUGGCUCAACAUCCAGCUCGGCCGCUACUCCCUACGCAUUAACGAGGAGAGUAGUCCAGCAUCAGGAGACACACGGAGGAAUGACGGAGAUGGCUUCUCUCAGAAUAUGCAGAUGUACAUUUGUAGACAGGACCUGACUUCAUCCGACACCUGCGGUCUGAACAUUCCACUGGCUGUUGACUCUUCUGAAGAACAAAUUAAACCUAGUUAUUCAAGCCAAGGAGGAAGCUCCCCAAGCAGCAAGAUUUCUGUAACAGGAUGUGGCCCUGCAACCCACGCCAAAGAUCUGGACUCUGGACCUCUUCCCAGACCUCCACUGUCCCUGAACACAAAACAAGCUGGGAUAUCAGAGCCUUUUCUAUCUGCAGGGCCUCACAGAGAGAAGCCAGAGGCGGAGGAAACAAAAACGAGUCCCAAACGAGUCAGAAGGACAUGAGUUAAAUCAUGGAUAUAGACACAGGUGCUGUGUGCAACACCAGCCUUCAGAACUAGUCAUACAGAUUAGGUGGAAGUUAUAAGUUUACAAACCUUUUUAGACUAAAUUAAAUUAAUACUGCAGUA